ACUACAGCUGCACGUUUUGUGGAUGCUAGCGAGGUAGCUUACUCCGCAGCUGCUUAUUUUCGAGUAGUGAAUCCUCACGGUAUAGGCGAAUGUGCGUUGGUCGCUGCGAAGGCGAAAGUAGCUCCGUUGAAGCCCCUCUCAGUGCCCAGGAUGGAAUUGCAAGCAGCUGUUUUGGGAUCGCGGUUGAUGAAAUUCGUGGAAGAAGCUCAUAGUCUCACCAUAGCGCGAAGGUACUUGUGGACCGAUUCGGCUACUGUGCUGUCGUGGCUUCGAGCGGAUCAUCGCAGGUAUAAGCAGUUCGUGGCCUGUCGUAUUGGAGAGUUACUUACCACAACGGAUGCCGGUGACUGGCGAUGGGUGCCCUCGAAAUUUAACCCUGCUGAUGCCGCAACCAAGUGGGGUAAAGGCCCAAAAUUGACAACGGACAGUAUGUGGUUCAAAAGUCCAGAAUUCUUGUGCGAACCGGAGACAAGUUGGCCUGUUCAAAGAAUUCGUUCCGUGGACACGGAAGAAGAGUUGCGCCCUUGCUAUGCGCACCGCGGAAUUAUCCUGCCAACGCUGAUAAUCGAUUUGGAUCGAUUUUCAAAGCUUUCUCGGGCGGUGAGGACCAUCGGCCACGUGCAUAGAUUUCUGGGGAACCUGAAACGGAAGCGACUCAGCGAGAAUGCGGUAAAUGGAAGAUUCAGUUCGGAGGAGCUCAAAUCGGCAGAACGCUCAUUGAUACGGAUGGUGCAAUGGCAGGCAUUUCCCGAUGAAAUGGCGAUAACAGCGCGAAAUCAACAGAAAUCAGCUGAGCAGUGGGAACCUCUGGACAAGAGCAGCAGAAUUUACCAGUUGUCUCCGAUCGUGGAUGAUUAUGGGGUGCUCCGGAUCGGCGGACGCAUUGGGAAAGCCCCUAAUAUCGACCUAGAUGCGAAGUUUCCGGUCAUACUCCCACGAAAUCAUAGGUUUACCACACUAUUGGUGGACGACUACCACCGUAAGUUUCGUCAUGGUAACCACGAAACCGUGACAAAUGAAAUACGCCAAAAGUAUUAUGUACCGAGAUUGAGAGUAGCAGUGAAGCAGCAAGCAACAGCUUGUCAAUGGUGCAAAAUAAAUAAGGUCAAGCCGCAAACUCCGCAGAUGGCUCCAUUACCGGCAGCACGCAUGGCCGCAUUCACUAAACCGUUCACUUAUGUGGGCCUCGAUUUCUUCGGACCGCUACUCGUGAAAAUCGGGAGAAGCAACGCAAAGCGUUGGAUCGCUGUGUUUACAUGCCUGACCAUUAGAGCCGUUCAUGUAGAAGUAGCGCAUAGCCUCAGCACCGACUCGUGCGUGAAGUGCGUACGGCGUUUCGUUUGUCGACGGGGUUCGCCGGCAGAGAUACACAGCGACAACGGCACCAACUUCCAGGGUGCUAGCCGACUGUUGAGGGAACAAAUGCAAGAAAUACAAGGAGAGCUUGCAGCAACCUUCACCAAUACGAGCACAAAAUGGUUAUUCAUACCACCCGCGACCCCUCACAUGGGUGGAUCGUGGGAAAGAAUGGUGCGCUCUAUCAAAACCGCGAUGGAGACGGCCUACAACAACUGUCGUAAGCUGGACGACGAAGCUUUGGAGACGUUAGUCGUAGAAGCGGAGGCGAUCGUAAACACUCGUCCCUUGACGUAUUUGCCAUUGACUUCCGAAGAAAGUGAAGCCAUUACUCCGAACCACUUUCUGUUGGGGAGCUCAAGCGGUGUUCGUCAGCCAACGGUUGAACCAACGGAUUCAUCGGCAGCCUUGCGGACCUCCUGGAAUCAGAUUCAGUUUCAACUAGACGUCUUCUGGAAAAGGUGGACUCGGGAAUAUCUUCCGACCCUCACGAAGCGCACGAAGUGGUUCGGGGAUGUAAAGCCUGUCGCCGAAGGAGACUUGGUGUACAUCGUGGACGGAGACAGAAGAAACGGCUGGGAACGAGGUCGCGUGCAGUUAGUCAUCAAAGGAGCGGAUGGGAAGAUUCGUCAAGCGAUUGUACAAACUGCGAGGGGGGUUGUGCGUAGACCUGUCUCGAGGUUGGCUGUCUUGGAGGUGGAUCGUAAAACUGAACCUGGUGGCCAGUGUUACGGGGGGGAGGAUGUUGGAACUGGCAGCACGGACAAUGUUGGAACUGGCAGCACGUACAUUGUUGGAACUGGCAGUACGGACAUGGUCGGAACUGGGAGCACGGACAUACACGAGUAGGAUUUACACAUUUAGAGAGAGGAAAGAUUUAGAGUGUAGAGAGGAAGAAGUGUCAGAAUCAGAAAAAGGAAAAGAUGAACAGCGUGCGGAAGAAUUUCUAUUUCUAAACCUAAACCCUAAAAUUUAUUGGCUAGUGUAAAACUUAUUAACUAGUUAAAACUUAAUAUCUAGUGUAAAACUUAACCUAUCUUAGAACUACUGCGAAACACUACUAUUCGCGUACGAUAGAGUUAGUUUGCACUAAAAGCGGGAGAUAGCGUAUGCAAUUGAACGAAUACCGAUUUAUG